AUGAGCACGCGGCGUCCGGGCCGGGAUGAAACUGGAAAUUUCCCUUCUGAGUUUGACGACUUUGCCCCUAAAGAGGCGGAGGGCCUUUGCCUUUGGACCUUCUUCGGAACCACAGGGUUCACCGAGGUGAGUGCGUACGAACUCCUGGACCUUCCGACCCGUCGGCCAAGUGGAACAGUGGAAACGAGAUAUGAUUACUACACACCCUUAAAAAAGCUAUUGGGCUACGAGGUCUCCACAGAUGCCAUGUGGAAUGAUCUAAGUUGGUUUUUGAUUUUUGAUAGAAUGCUAAAGUUAGCCAAGUUCAGAGGUGGAAGACACAGUGCCUACUCAGAAAAAUGUGAUGAGCCCCUCGUGUCCGGGCUCUCCCACGUGGCCUUCAGCAGCUCCACCUCCAUGUCCGCGAGCUAUUCUCCGGGCUACGCCAAGAUCAACAAGCGAGGGGGUGCUGGGGGAUGGUCUCCAUCGGACAGUGACCACUAUCAAUGGCUUCAGGUUGACUUUGGCAACCGGAAGCAGAUCAGUGCCAUUGCCACCCAAGGAAGAUACAGCAGCUCAGACUGGGUGACCCAGUACCGCAUGCUCUACAGUGACACCGGGAGGAACUGGAAACCCUAUCAUCAAGACGGGAAUAUCUGGGCGUUUCCCGGGAACAUCAACUCGGAUAGCGUGGUCCGGCACGACUUACAGCACCCGGUCACCGCCCGCCACGUGCGCUUCGUGCCGCUGGACUGGAACGGAGAGGGGCGCAUCGGGCUGCGCAUCGAGGUCUACGGCUGCGCCUACUGGGCUGAUGUUAUCAACUUUGAUGGCCAUGUUGUGUUGCCAUAUAGAUUCAGAAACAAGAAGAUGAAAACACUGAAAGAUGUCAUUGCUCUGAAAUUUAAAACCACCGAGAGCGAAGGGGUGAUCUUGCAUGGGGAGGGCCAGCAAGGUGACUACAUCACUUUGGAACUGAAGAAAGCCAGGCUGGUCUUCAGUUUAAACCUAGGAAGCAACCAGCUGGGCCCCAUAUAUGGCCACACAUCCGUGACAACUGGGAGCCUGCUGGAUGAUCACCACUGGCACUCCGUGGUCAUCGAGCGCCAAGGCCGGAGCAUUGACCUCACGCUGGACAGGAGCCUGCAGCACUUCCGCACGAACGGGGAGUUCGACUACCUGGACUUGGACUAUGAGAUAACCUUUGGAGGCAUCCCUUUCUCUGGCAAGCCAAGUUCCAGCAGUAGGAAGAAUUUCAAAGGCUGCAUGGAGGGCGUCAACUACAAUGGCAUCAACAUAACGGACCUCGCGAGAAGGAAGAAGCUGGAGCCCUCAAAUGUGGGAAACCUGAGUUUCUCCUGCGUGGAGCCCUACACGGUGCCCGUCUUUUUCAACGCCACCAGUUACCUGGAGGUGCCCGGACGGCCCCACCAGGACCUGUUUGCAGUCAGUUUCCAGUUCAGGACUUGGAACCCCAACGGCCUCCUGCUCUUCAGCCACUUCGCAGAUAACCUGGGCACUGUGGAGAUUGACCUCGUUGAAAGCAGAGUUGGUGUCCACAUCAGUAUCACACAGACCAAGAUGAGCCAAAUAGAUGUUUCCUCAGGGUCCGGGUUGAACGAUGGGCAGUGGCAUGAGGUUCGUUUCCUGGCCAAGGAAAAUUUUGCUAUUCUCACCAUCGAUGGAGAUGAGGCAUCAGCAGUUCGAACUAAUAGCCCUCUUCAAGUUAAAACUGGCGAGAAGUACUACUUCGGAGGUUUUCGGAACCAGAUGAAUCUUUCAAGUCACUCGGUCCUUCAGCCUUCAUUCCAAGGGUGCAUGCAGCUCAUUCAAGUGGAUGAUCAACUCGUAAACUUAUACGAGGUGGCCCAGAGGAGGCCGGGGAGUUUUGCGAACGUCAGCAUCGACAUGUGCGCCAUCAUAGACAGAUGCGUGCCCAAUCACUGUGAGCAUGGCGGGAAGUGCUCGCAAACGUGGGACAGCUUCAAGUGCACUUGUGAUGAGACCGGAUACAGUGGGGCCACCUGCCACAACUCCAUCUAUGAGCCGUCCUGCGAAGCCUACAAACACCUGGGCCAGACGUCAAAUUACUACUGGAUCGACCCCGACGGCAGCGGCCCGCUGGGGCCCCUGAAGGUGUACUGCAACGUGACAGAGGACAAAGUGUGGACCAUCGUGUCUCACGACCUGCAGAUGCAGACGACGGUGGUGGGCCACGCCCCGGAGAAGUACUCGGUGACCCAGCUCGCCUACAGCGCCUCCAUGGACCAGAUCAGCGCCAUCACCAGCAGCGCCGAGUACUGCGAGCAGCACGUCUCCUACUUCUGCAAGAUGUCCAGGCUGCUGAACACCCCAGAUGGAAGUCCGUACACCUGGUGGGUCGGCAAGGCCAACGAGAAGCACUACUACUGGGGAGGCUCCGGGCCCGGCAUCCAGAAGUGCGCCUGCGGCAUCGAGCGCAACUGCACCGACCCCAAGCACUACUGCAACUGCGACUCGGACUCCAAGCAGUGGAGGAAGGACGCUGGCUUCCUGUCCUACAAAGACCACCUGCCGGUGAGCCAGGUGGUGGUGGGCGACACUGACCGGCCGGGCUCGGAAGCGAAGCUGAGCGUGGGCCCCCUGCGCUGCCAAGGAGACAGGAAUUACUGGAAUGCGGCCUCUUUCCCAAACCCAUCCUCCUACCUGCACUUCUCGACUUUCCAAGGGGAAACCAGCGCGGACAUUUCCUUCUACUUCAAGACGCUAGUCCCGCGGGGAGUGUUUCUGGAAAACCUGGGGAACACGGAUUUCAUCAAACUCGAGCUGAAAUCUGCCACAGAAGUGUCCUUUUCGUUCGACGUCGGGAACGGGCCAGUGGAGAUCGUGGUGAGGUCGCCCACGCCCCUCAACGAUGACCAGUGGCACCGGGUCACCGCCGAGAGGAACGUCCAGCAGGCCAGCCUGCAGGUGGACCGGCUGCCGCAGCAGGUGCGCAAGGCGCCCACCGAGGGCCACACGCGCCUGGAGCUCUACAGCCAGCUGUUUGUGGGUGGCGCUGGAGGCCAGCAGGGCUUCCUGGGCUGCAUCCGCUCCCUGAGGAUGAACGGGGUGACCCUGGACCUAGAGGAGAGAGCGAAGGUCACUUCGGGGUUCAAGUCUGGGUGCUCAGGCCACUGCACCAGUUAUGGGGCCAACUGUGAGAACGGAGGCAAAUGCAUAGAGAAAUACCACGGCUACUCCUGUGACUGCUCGCACACGGCCUACGACGGAACCUUCUGCAACAAAGAUGUCGGUGCGUUUUUCGAAGAAGGGAUGUGGCUGCGAUAUAACUUCCAGGCGCCCGGCGGGCCGGAGGCGGGCGGCAGGCCGGAGGGCGCCGCGGACCUGGCCCGCGAGGAGGUGCGCUUCAGCUUCAGCACCUCCCGGGCGCCCUGCAUUCUCCUCUACGUCAGCUCCCUGGCCGCCGACUUCCUGGCCGUCCUCGUGAAGCCCUCGGGAAACCUACAGAUUCGGUACAACCUGGGUGGCACCAGAGAGCCAUAUAAUAUCGACGUGGACCACAGGAACGUGGCCAAUGGACAGCCCCACAGUGUCAACAUCACCCGUCACGAGAAGACCAUACUGCUCAAGCUGGAUCACUAUCCCUCUGUGAGCUACCACCUGCCGAGCGCCUCCGACACGCUGUUCAACUCUCCCAAGUCGCUCUUCCUGGGAAAAGUGAUCGAAACAGGGAAGAUUGACCACGAGAUUCACAAGUACAACACCCCGGGAUUCACUGGGUGCCUCUCCAGAGUCCAGUUCAACCAGAUCGCCCCCCUCAAGGCAGCCCUGCGGCAAACCAACGCCUCUGCGCACGUGCACAUCCAGGGCGAGCUGGUGGAGUCCAACUGCGGGGCCUCCCCGCUCACCCUCUCCCCCAUGUCGUCCGCCACUGACCCCUGGCACUUGGACCACCUGGACUCAGCCAGUGCUGAUUUUCCGUAUAACCCAGGACAAGGCCAAGCUAUCAGAAAUGGAGUGAACAGAAACUCGGCCAUCAUUGGAGGGGUCAUCGCCGUGGUCAUUUUCACCAUUCUCUGCACCCUGGUCUUCCUGAUCCGCUACAUGUUCCGCCACAAGGGCACCUACCACACCAACGAGGCGAAGGGAGCCGAGUCGGCUGAGAGCGCCGACGCCGCCAUCAUGAACAACGACCCCAACUUCACGGAGACCAUCGACGAGAGCAAAAAGGAGUGGCUCAUCUGA